AUGACGGCGGCAGAGCAGAGUUUGUACGUGGAGGCGCUUGGUGUCGGGAUGCAAAGGGGGUACCACAUUCUGUUCACGGAGAUGGCAUCGGAGAUAACUUCUUUUCAGGAAUAUCUCUACACGGGCGGCUUCUUCUACUGGAAUCGUCGCUUCGUCCUAGCCUACGAGAACAUGUUGUGCACUCUGGACCCCAAGUACGCGUGCCUCACGAUUCCGUACUGGGACUUUUACGCCGACUACGCUCGGUCCAUGGGGAGGAAAUGUCCAAACGGAGGGACGUCACUGGAAGCUUGUUCGUCAAUUCUCCGUGGAUUGGGCGGUUCUCAGGGUUCCAGGCGUACCGUCAACAUUAACGGGAGAUUGGUAUCUGGCAACUGCGUGACAAAGGCACCCGCUAACUAUUUCUGUGAGAGCUCGACGAUCGCAGCAUCCACUCAAUGCGCUCGCUGCAUUCCACGCUCCAACUGGGCCAGCAUCGACUUUCCGUCGGGAUUCGGGUAUGGUGGGUUGGGAGAUUUGCUGGCUGGGGCUAACGGGUUCCGAGAUGUGAGCGACAAAUUUAAGAAGGCCGUAUUGUGUACGUACAUUGUUUCCAUCCACAACUCACUCGGGUCUUCCCUCUCCGAUUUCCCCGCCGUAAGCCCAGCCGACCCGCUAUUCUUCAGCAUCCAUGCUACCAUGGAUCUAGUGCUGCAGGUCUACAUUGAGUGCCGACUCGGAGACAACCUAGUCCCGACCGACACGGGCGUAUCUCGGUGGGCAUUCCAGAAGAGUUCUGAUCUCUUAGGUGUCGUGCCCCCAACGGAGACGUCACUGGUGAAGCAGCUGUGGAUGCUCAACGAAUCUUACGCGGCGUCCAGGAGCCCCAUCCGGGUGGAGGAUCAUCCAAAACUCGGGCAAUUCUUCAAGCCGCUGCCGACCAAAUACUGGGAAUUCGUCAACAGCAACCAACUCGGACAGUAUUCCUACAAGUACCAGCGCGACGACAUCUUCAAAAACAUCACGAGCUACCCCUCUGCGUGUCCUAAGCUCGCAACCGGCUCGACAACCGGGUCGGACGGAGAUAUCGCAACAUCAAGCAACUUUCGUCGCUCUGCUGGUUCGGGGGGAGUUGAGACCAGCUCUAUUGACUCUGACGACGCGCAGGAGCUAGCUAUCGACUUUGUAGGAGCUGUUGUAAAUGCCACUCUCCAUGCCGGCGGGACCGAGAAAAUGGCAUUCAACCAGGCCGAGCUCAUGGAAUGCCAGUACUACAAUGACAAUAUCGCCGAUGUGGAGGAUUAUACGCCUGUGUUCCGCAACAACUUCGGCUUAAGUCCCGAUGACCACCCGCGCUGCUGGGAUUUUACUCAAUAA